AUGAAGUUCUUCGAAAACCAGUUCACCUAUGACUACUCCUUCCCCGCCGUCUCCCUCGCCUACUUCCUCCGCUAUCCCAAUCCCUACUCUCAGCACGUCCUUACGACCGAUGUCAUCGACCGAUAUGUCGACCCAGCAACCCAGCGUCUGCACACCAUUCGAUUGCACCUCAAGAAAUCCAAAAUCCCCUCUGGGAUCCUGAAGCUGCUACCCAAGGGCAUGGGAGGCUCUGACAGUUCCGGCCAGAGCUACAUUCUCGAAAAGACCAUUGUCGAUGCCAGGGAGGGCUGGAUGGAGACGGAAUCGCGCAACAUGGAGUGGACGGGUAUCCUGAGCGUCGUCGAGAAACAAUUAUACAAACGCCUUCAAUCUGAGGAUGGCCGCUUGGCUCUUGAUGGUCUGGCUGCCGAUAAGAAUGCCGAACAGACCAGUGUCAAAACUACGGUCACCUUCCGCUCUCGACUUGGUCAGGGAAAGAUGCUUGCGAAGAGGAGGCAGGAUACCGGCGAACAUGAAGAGGAAGAGCCGCGCAAAGGCUUCUUCUCCUCCCUCUCAACUGCUGGCAUACAGCGAACCAUUGAGCUCAUUGGUGUCAGUCGAACUAAGGAGGCCGUGCUAAAGAGCAAGCAAGGCAUGAACAUUGUGCUUGAGCGUCUGCGGAGUGGUGGUGUUGUGGCCGUCUUGGACGGCAUGCGCCAAGACCGAGAGGCAGCUUUUGGCCGUGACGGCCCGUGGAAGCGUGUUUGGCUGCAGGGCAAGGACCGUCCCAUUGACAACGACAAGUCUUGA